AUGAUUUCACCUGAUAACGUUGAUUCAGUGCUGAAGAUAUUAGAAAUGAGGUUCGGACGUCCUGAUCUGAUAAUCGAUGGACUUAUAUCAAAGAUUAAAGCUGUGACACCGAUCAGAGAACAUAAUAUAGAGAGUUUGAUCAAAUUUUCAAAUCAUAUAUCUUGUUUAGUCGCAACAAUCAAAUCCUUGGGUUAUAACGAACAUCUUCAGAAUCCUACAUUGGUUCGAGACAUCGUACAAAAGCUUUCAGAUAUGAUUAAACUUCGCUGGGGGGAGGAAGUUAUGAAAAAACAUGGUACUGUUGACCUCAGUGAUCUCUCAGAUUGGAUUUCAGACAUAGCAGCAGCAGCAUGUUACUCUACCCAGACGGAAGAUCUUAGAAAGGAAAACGUUCUUGCUGUGGGACAAGGUGCGGCAAAUAUUCUUUUGCGGAUGAUCAAGGUGAGAUUGUAUGGAAAAAAUGAUUUUCUGGAAACCAUUGCACUCUGUGAUGAAGCUUCGACUGUGACUCUCAUAGACAAAUCCAUUGUUGACCACCUGGAAAUAGAAGGGAAUGUGGAAUCUCUUUGUAUACAAUGGACGAAUAAUAUGACAUCGUGCUACGAAGAUUCUCAUCGCCUAGACCUUGAUAUAUCGGGAAUCCAUGAAAAUGCCAAGAGAUUCACCAUGAAAAAUGUGAGGUCUGUGGAAAAUCUAUCUUUACCUGUUCAAGUCAUUAAGGAAACAGACUGGAAGAAAUAUCCUCACUUACAAGGCAUUCCUUUCAAUGAAAUUCAAGGACGUCCGAUGAUUCUUUUAGGCCAAGAUAACAUCCGACUCACAGUGGCCAGAAGAGUUAUUCAGGGUCCAGAAAAUUCUCCACUUGCAACAAAAACCAAUCUCGGUUGGAUUUUACACGGUGAUGUGGAUAAUCAUCAUGGCAAUAAGGGAAUUUUUCAUUCCUUUCAUAUUUGUCAUUGUGAAACGGUUGCUGACGACGAGCUUCACAAGAUGGUGAAACACUCUUUUAGUACUGAAGCCUUUGGAGUUCGAGUAGCUAUAAAAUCCAACAAAAAAGGCAGCAGGGCGCUUGAAAUAAUGCAAAAAACUGCAAAACGAAUCGGUGACCGAUUUGAAAUAGGACUGCUCUGGAGGGAGAACGAUAUUCACUUGCCUGAAAGUAAAAAUGUAGCCGUUCGAAGACUUAUGUGUGUGGAAAAACAGAUGCACAAAGAUGAAAAUUUCAAGAGAAGAUACUGUGAGAAAAUUGAAAGUUACUUAAGGAAAGGAUAUGCCAGGAAGCUGUCAGCUGAAGAAGCAUCUGAAGAAGGUCCUCGUUGCUGGUACUUACCUCAUUUUGGAGUGAUAAAUCCGAAUAAACCAGCCAAGCUGCGACUUGUUUUCGAUGCUGCUUCAAAGUCGUGUGGAACUUCCCUAAAUGAAAAUUUACUUGCUGGACCAGACCUCUUACAACCAUUGGUGGAAGUAUUGAUAAAGUUUAGACAACGAAAGAUCGCCUUCUGCAGUGAUGUUCGUGAGAUGUUCCAUCAAGUCAAGAUCAUUAGUUCGGAUCAAUGCUCCCAAAGAUUUCUCUGGAGAGAAGGAAAUACCCAAAAACCACACGAUGUUUACGAAAUGCAAGUCAUGACAUUUGGUGCUACCUGUUCUCCGACUUGCGCGCAAUUCGUUAAGAAUUUGAAUGCCCGACAACUAACCCAAAGACAAGAUAUUUUGGACGCUAUUGAGAUGAAACACUAUGUCGAUGAUCAUUUAGACUGCACCGACACUGUAGACGAAGCCUUAGAAAAAAUUUUUGAAGUGAAACGUAUUCAAAAUUUGGGUGGAUUUGAAUUAGUUGACUGGACAUCAAACUCUAAAGAUGUUAUGGAUGCUCUUGCUACACAAGAAGAUAUUAUAUGCAAAGAUCUUGAUUUUAACUCUGAUAGGUCGAUACAACGAAUUUUAGGACUUUCCUGGGAUUCGAAAUUAGAUAGCUUCUGUUUUAAACUGAAAUCCAACAUUUUUGCGGUCGAAACCAGAAAUGGCACAACGAAAAGACAAAUUCUGAAAAUAGUGAUGUCCAUUUUCGACCCAUUAGGACUUAUUGCUAAUUUGACAGUACGAGGAAGAAUCCUCAUUCAAGAUAUAUGGAAAUCCGGAAUUGCCGCUCUAAUGGGAGCAAGACUCAAGAAAAUGCUGAUCAAAACGUUAGAAAUCAAAAUUGACAAAACGUACCUAUGGACUGAUUCAACAACAGUACUUCACUGGAUCAAAAACGAUGGGAGUAAACUGGAACAAUUUGAAUCUCAUCGCGUAGGUGAAAUUCAAGAGUCAACAGACAGUUUUGAUUGGCAUUGGGUUCCAUCCAAGUCAAAUGCUGCCGACAAUGCCACAAGAACCUAUUUUGAUGAUGGAAAUAAUUUGGAUUUCAAUCGUUGGCAUAAUGGACCAGAAUUUCUACAACUCCACGAUGAAAUGACAUGGCCGAUAAAGAAAACUGACUGUGGGGGAAUUUUGAAAAAUUCUGAAGAUGAAGAAGAUAGUCAACCGAUAGAAUUUUUGGCCACUAUUCUAGAAAAUGAUUCCUGUUUACCCGAUAUAAACCGUUUUUCCAAAUGGAUGAGGUUGAUUAGAGCCACGGCCUGGGUGCUGGUAGUCGCUAAAUUGUUGAUUUCAAAACUUCGUUCCAAAAAUAGUCAAAUUAAAGCAGAAAUUACCACUUCAGACCUCGAAGAAGCUGAAAUCAGAUUAAUCAAGCAAUGUCAACUGGAGAGUUUUCCAGAAGAAAUCUCUUUCUUAAAGAAAAGCAUGUGCUUGAAGAAUAAGAGUAGACUAAAACAACUUUCACCGGUAAUGGAUAAAAAUGGAGUCUUGGUAGUGAGUGGACGGACUGACUUGGCCACACAAAUGGAAAUGACAACCAGAAGACCCAUAAUAUUGCCAUCUAAACAUAGGUUGAUUUAA